AAAACUGAUUUUGCACCCCUAAAAACCGAUCCCCAUUCACAACCCCUAGAAAAAAAAACCCCACAUUUUCCCCAAUUCCAUUCGAUCAAUCGCAGCAAUGCCGAGUGUAAUCACUCGCAAUUUGAGCAAGCUAUGGAGCGGGCUACCAAAAACCCGAACUAUGGCGAGUCAACGGAGUUCAUACAGCCUAAUACCCAUGGUGAUUGAGCACUCAUCACGAGGAGAGAGAGCCUACGACAUCUUCUCACGCCUCCUGAAAGAGCGAAUCAUAUGCAUCAACGGACCCAUUGCCGAUGAUACUGCACACGUUGUCGUUGCUCAGCUUCUGUUUCUUGAAUCUGAAAACCCAUCAAAACCCAUUAAUCUUUAUAUUAAUUCUCCUGGUGGAGCUGUUACUGCAGGUCUUGCGAUAUAUGAUACAAUGCAGUAUAUACGCUCUCCAGUCAAUACCAUAUGCAUGGGUCAAGCUGCUUCAAUGGGUUCUCUCCUAUUGGCUGCUGGUGCAAAAGGGGAACGACGAGCUCUUCCUAAUGCCACUAUUAUGAUCCAUCAACCCUCGGGUGGAUACAGUGGGCAAGCUAAAGAUAUAUCUAUUCACACUAAGCAAAUUGUUCGUGUUUGGGAUUCGUUAAAUGCGUUAUACGCAAAGCAUACCGGACAAAACAUUGACGUGAUUCAAAAGAAUAUGGAUCGAGAUUAUUUUAUGACUCCGGAAGAAGCUAAGGAGUUUGGGAUCAUAGAUGAAGUUAUGGAUGAGAGACCGAUAACGUUGGUGACUGAUGCUGUUGGAACUGAUGGAAAGGGGAAAGAGUAGUAUUUAAUGUGUAUUUGGCAAAAAAGGACUUUGACACUGCAGAUUCAAUUAAGGACAAAAGUCAAUUAUAUGCCUUCGACUUAUGCCGAUUUGGUCAACUUUUAAAUGACUCAGUGCUUUUUUCUUGCCAUUCUCAGUAAGUUAUGUUUUUCAGAUAGUCUCAAAGUUUCUUGGUGAUUUUAUGAUAUUGUUUCGAUUUGCUUUUGAGCCAUGAUGAACUCUGAUGAGAUUUUUAGAUCCGCCGAUUACAAUUUCGGCUUUCUAUUGAAUUUCUUGGCAUAUAUCGACCUUGAAUUUCUUGCCAUACUGACCUUGCAUAACGCUCUAAAGUUUUAAAGUAAUAUAUUUAUACA